AUGCUAAAUCCAAGAACAGCUCGUACAUUCCAAGAAUAUUCUGACACUGUUUUCAUGCCUUAUAUUACAAAACAACUGGAACGCGCCAAGCGAAUAGAUAUUGUUUGGGACAUAUAUAAAGAUGACUCGCUCAAGACAUGCACAAGGGAGAAGAGAGGCAAAGGAACACGUCGUAGAGUGUUGCCAUCAACUGCUAUUCCAAGUAACUGGCACUCAUUUCUCCGUGUAGAUGAGAAUAAAGUGGAACUCUUUCAUCUUUUGUCUGAACAAGUUGCCUCACUUCAAGUAGAAAGUAAAGAGAUCUACACAACCAUUGAGGAAAAAGUCCUGCACUCGGGGUCAAACAGGCAAGAUCUAUCCCAUCUAGAGCCAUGCACUCAUGAAGAAGCGGACACAAGGAUCAUGCUUCAUGUGAAAGAUUCGGCUGUCUGUGGAAACCAAAAAAUAAUGAUUCGUACAAUUGACACUGACGUUGUUGUAUUAGCGAUAUCAAUAUUUCAUAUCAUCCCCAUCAAUGAAUUGUGGAUGGCAUUUGGUACUGGAAAGCACUUUAGGUAUCUUGCAGUACACGAUAUUGCAAGAGCGCUAGGGCAUGAAAGAAGCAAAGCACUGCCUUUAUUUCAUGCAAUGACAGGCUGUGAUACAGGUAAUUCAAUUAUUAACUGUUUAUUAAUACUUACACUCGAAUUUAAUAGUUACAAUUAAUAUUCGUUUAUUUUUUAGUGUCGUUCUUGACAGGAAAAGGCAAAAAGACCACUUGGGAAAUUUGGAAACUCUAUCCAGAUUUAUCACCCACAUUAGUCGAUCUCUCUUCACCAUUGCCGGUAUUAAACGACAAUUCAAUGGCCACCAUAGAGCGCUUUAUCGUAUUGCUCUACGACAAGACCAGUAUUCACACAGAGGUAAGGCUCAACAGGCCUGGCCUUUGUUCUCAGUCAUCCUCAAGUUGAUCAGUUUACUAGUACUGUCACGAGUUACGGAUAUUAAAAAGGUUUCUUUACUAUAUAUAUUUUUUUACUUUUUAGGUGAACAAAGCAAGGCAAUAUCUCUUCUCCAAGCGUACUCAAAACAUCGAGUUAGUACCACCAAGUCAAGACGCACUCAAACAACAUCUUCUGAGGGCACUUUUCCAAGGUUCAAUAGUGUGGGGACAAACGCUGAUUCCGAAACCAAACAUGCCUAGCCCAGGGGAAUGGGGAUGGAAGAACUUUGAAAAUCGAUGGAAGCCAAAUUGGACGACUCUAAAUCAGGCUAAAGACAUGUGCUAUGAACUGAUUCAUUGCAAUUGUAAAAAGAAUUGCACAGGAAAUUGCAAGUGUUUUAAAGCCAGUUUAGACUGCACAGCAUUAUGUUUAUGUGGUGGGCACUCGCUCCAAGACUCCUAA